ACCAACCUACAGAUUGGCUCAACAUCUGGCUAAAGUACUUUCACCAUUGAGAGGAAACACAGCAGCAUAUGUAAAGGACUCGUACCAUUUUGUCAGUGAAAUAAAACACCUACAACUAGCUGACAAUGAAACUAUGGUCAGUUUUGAUGUUCAGUCAUUGUUUACAUGCUUACCCGUUGAAGACUGCAUCAAGAUUGUGUCUAAGAAACUAGCAGAGAAUAACAUGCCUACUGAAUAUGCUGAACUGUUAAAACAUUGCCUAACAUCUGGCUAUUUACUGUGGAAUAAUCACUUCUACACGCAAGUGGAUGGUGUAGCAAUGGGCUCCCCAGUAUCUCCCAUUGUUGCUGAUAUCUUCAUGGAGGAUUUUGAGGAGCGAGCCCUGCAAUCUGCACCCGUAACACCCAAAUUCUACAAGCGGUACGUAGAUGAUACUUUCACAAUACUACCAUCUGACAAAGUCACAGCAUUUUUAAAUCAUCUUAACUCCAUAAACCCCAAAAUUCAAUUCACUAUGGAGUCAGAGGCAAACAACUCCUUAGCUUUCUUAGAUGUUUUGGUUAUCCGUAACCCUAAUAACACCUUGAGUCACACUGUGUAUCGGAAGAAAACCCAUACAGACAAAUACCUUCAUGGUGAGUCCCACCACCACCCAACACAGUUAUCUACCGUUGGUAAAUCAUUGUUUCAGAGAGCACGUGGGAUCUGCGAUGAACAACACCUGGGUGCUGAGCUUCAACAUGUUAAGCAAGUACUGCACGACAACAAGCUCCGAGUACCGCGCCCUCGUCGCAGAACCCGCGUGAAACCAGCCACAGUUGAGCGUCUACCUGCUGUUCUUCCAUACAUAAGAGGAGUCACAGACAAGAUUGGCUACAUCUUGAAGCGAGCUUCAAUCAAAACCUACUUCAAGCCGCUGAAGAAGAUUAGUCAAUUCUUACCACCUGUCAAGUGUCACAUACCUCUACAAGAUGCGGGUGUAUACAAGCUUGAAUGUGAUUGUGGUCUCUCUUACAUAGGCCAAACUAAAAGAAGCAUAGGGACCCGCGUAAAAGAACACAUCGCCGAUGUCAAACACCGCCGUUCCAGACAGUCAGCAGUUUGUGAACACACACUAGACAAGGCCCAGCAUUACAUCAGAUUUGAUAAACCACAAGUCCUUGCAAAAGAAAACCGAUUCCUACCUAGGAUGAUUCGCGAGGCUAUUGAAAUUAAAAAACAUCCAAAUUUCAAUAGAGAAGAUGGCUGGGUCAUACCACCUGCUUGGAAUCCCAUCAUAGAAACUAUUAAAUCAAAAUCCAAGCCUACAACUGCUCGACCUAAGGAUACAGUUAGCUCGUUUUGCGUGAAUCGGAUUGUCAAUAAUAAUUAACAAAAUGUAGGGUAGCUGUUUGUAACUAAUAUAUCAAGACGACCAACACCUUAGUCUGCCCGUGACCAUGGAUGCUGUAAAGGAUCCGAAACGUCGGGAUUAAAUAAUAUAAUAUAACCGCGAUAAAAUCCGUAAAA